AUGUCCUUCAUGGUGGCUCUUGGCCUGGUCACUACAGAGACACUGGAAGAGAUCCAGACCAAGAGACAGGAGAGGAAGAGGCGGAGCACAGCCAACCCAGCCUACAGCGGCCUGGUCCAACCAGAGGUUCUGAACAAAGAGAACAUGUCGUGGCCACAGAACUUUGUCCAGUCCUAUGUGACCCACAAGACUACUGUGUCCCUCACGGUGAUGACACCUGCUGGUGUGGCCCACUAUGCUGUGUUAAUGCUAGUACAGCAGGACCAGCAACUCAGCAAGUCCCUCACGCAGAAGGUGAUGGGCGUGCGAGAGCGUCUGAUUGGUCAACAGAGGGACACCCAGUCCUCCCUGGAGCGUCUCAAGGCUCUGAUUCGUCUGAUCCAAAGAGACCAGAUGAUCCAGGUUACCAUGACAGCCACCGCCACCACCACCGGAGUGUCCCUGCUCUCCCUGCCCUGGAUCAAACCCUCCGGCGCCGCCACACACACAGUGCCCCCUGCUGGACCGUCUAUGCUACUGCAGCAGAAGACUCUGGUCAUGCCACAGUCUCAGACACAGAGCCAGGCUCAGGGCAAUGUCUGAGCUCUAGUAGUACCACCCCAGCCCAGCAGGGGGCCACAGUUCACAGUCCUAGGUUGCGCCACAAAUGGCACUCUAUUCCCUAUAUAGUGUAGAACUUUUAAUAAACAGACCCAUAGGGGAAGUUUCAAAUACAUGUCCAUUUGACAUCAGAGCCCUGGUCUAUAGUAGUGUACUAUAUAGGGAAUAGGGCUCUGGUCUAUAGUAGUGCACUAUAUAGGGAAUAGGGCUCUGGUCUAUAGUAGUGCACUAUAUAGGGAAUAGGGC